UGGGCGGGCCGGCGGCGGGGGUUUAUCAGCGGCGGGGGCUGGGGCUGGGGGCACGGCGCGGCAGGGCGGCCAUCAUGGAGUGCGGGCGGCAGGUGGCGAACUUCGGGGCCGGGCCGGCGAAGCUGCCGCGCUCCGUAUUACUAGAAGCACAGAAGGAAUUGGUGGACUACAAAGGACUUGGUAUUAGUGUCCUUGAAAUGAGCCAUCGGACCUCUGAUUUUUCAAAAAUUGUAAAUACAGCUGAAAAUCUCUUGCGUGAAUUGCUAAAUAUACCGGAAAACUACAAAGUUAUUUUUCUCCAAGGAGGUGGAUCUGGUCAGUUCAGCGCAGUCCCACUUAAUCUGAUUGGCCUAAAGGAGGGCAGACAUGCGGAUUAUGUGGUUACUGGAGCUUGGUCAGCAAAAGCAGCUAAAGAAGCAGAGAAGUAUGCCAAAGUGAAUAUUGUCCAUCCUAAUCUAGGAACCUAUACGAAAAUUCCUGACCCGAGCACUUGGAAUCUUAAUCCAGAUGCAUCUUAUGUCUAUUACUGUGCUAAUGAAACUGUUCAUGGGGUAGAGUUUGACUUUGUACCUGAUGUCAAAGGAACAGUUUUGGUUUGUGAUAUGUCAUCAAGCUUCCUGUCCAAACCUGUGGAUGUUUCUAAGUUUGGUGUGAUUUUUGCUGGUGCUCAGAAGAACGUUGGCUGUGCUGGAGUUACUGUUGUAAUAGUUCGUGAGGACUUGCUGGGAUUUGCACUGAAAGAAUGCCCUGCAGUACUGGAUUACAAAACACAAGCAACAAAUGGCUCUUUAUAUAACACUCCACCAUGCUACAGCAUCUAUAUCAUGGGAUUGGUACUGGAAUGGAUAAAGAAUAAUGGCGGGGCUGCAGCUAUGGAUAAACUUAGCUCAAUCAAAUCACGAAUGAUUUAUGAUAUUAUAGACAAAUCUAAUGGAUUCUAUGUAUGCCCAGUGGAGAAAAAGAACCGAAGUAGAAUGAACGUCCCCUUCCGCAUUGGCAGUGUCAAGGGGGAUGAAGCCCUGGAAAAAAAAUUCCUUGAGAAAGCCGUGGAACUUAAUAUGAUAUCUCUGAAAGGACAUCGAUCCGUGGGAGGAAUCCGUGCCUCUUUAUAUAAUGCAGUGACUGUAGAAGAUGUUCAGAAGCUUGCAACAUUCAUGAGAAGCUUCAUGCAGAUGCAUCAGUCAUAAAUGCUCGUGGUUUAGAGCCAUGCUGCACAUCUAUGAAAUAAAAGCUAAAGGAUUUGAAAAUUACUGUGGUACUGCACAGCUGUAGCGCACAAGUUAUAUUGUCAUUUAGUUCUUGGAGCUCUUUUAGUUAACUACAUGGGGUUGAGGGCCCAGUCUUGCAAUGACUUGGACAACCUUGACUUUCUGUUUGAAGGUAGGGAUCCCCAAACCAAUCAGGACUGGUUCCAAAAUUUGUAAAGCAGACCACUUAAUUUGUAGUUAAACUGUGAGCAGCACUGAAAGAUGCUGUGGAUCUGAUUCUGACCUUAGACAUGCUGCUGUAAUGCUCUGUUGAAAUUCAUAGAGUCACUCUUGUUUCAUAUAGAUAAAACUAGAAUAACAAUCUACCCUACCAUUUGAAAAAUCUUUUACCUCUGUUAUUUCUUGUUUCUACAGUUACAAAUGACUUCUUUAAAGACACUGUUCUCAAUAAAUUUCAGAAGGCAAAACUUGUUAAAAGUCUUCCAUAGAGCUUCAUAAAUAGUACGUGACCGCACAAUGAGGCUAGAGCUGAGGUUAAGUGUUCUCUAAGGAUGUUUAGUUGGUUUAUCAGAUAUAUUUCAAAUGAACAUCAUGAGCAGUUCUCAGAGGAGCUCAUAUCUACAUUCCUGACUUCAGGCCUUUGCAUUUAGAUGUUUGCUCCCAUGUAUGAAACAGUCCCAUGACAGUCCCAUGUAGUAGUACCCAUUACUGUAGUUAACCUCUGUAGGGUUGGGCCUUUCUUUUUUUUUUCUUUUUUUUUUUUUUUUUUUUGGUGUUAGCGUUCAUAGGUUUAAAGCUAAGAUGCAUGAGUUUGUAGUGAAAUCAAUUUAUAAGAUGUUUAUUUCUCUGUGCGUUUUAUAUUUUAAACUUCUUUAGGUUAUUAAUUUUAUAUUCUUAUUUUAGAGCGUGCAUAUUUGAUGUUCCUACCAAAAGCCUCUUAUUUUAAUUUGUUACCCUUGCAUCCAACGGGACUGCUAUGUUCAAUUCAAUGGACCUGUGACUUUCUCUGCGCUGACUUCUUAGUCCAAAGUGCCACAGACUUUCUUCUCUGGUGCUCCUUAAAUGUCUUUCCUCUCUUCUAAUUGUUCCACUAUUUUCUUUGCCUUUUCAGUGAUUCAUUUUUGUCACCUUUGUAUGUGGGGCUCUGCCUAACUCCAGCCAACGCAAAUCUUGACUUCUCUUCCUUUUCCUCACAGUAGAUCACACUUUAGGUCCAGCUUUCUCACUUUAUCCUUAUGGCUUACUCCAGACUUUGUAUAACUUCAGUUUCUGCCUUACUGCAGUGUAUCAAAGAUCUUCAGAAGAUCUUAUAUUGUAAUACCCUUCUUGAGAGUUAUCUUUGCUUCUCAGCCUGUGAAUUUUACUACCAAUAAUGAUAUUUUGCCAUUACCCUGCUAUUUUAACUUACGUAACGUUGGACAUUACUGCAACUGGUUUCAGACUGUAAGCUCUUUGGGACAGGAUUGUGCCUUUCUUUGCCUUUUAUGUAACACUAGAAUGUGGUGAAGCUUUAGUAAUAUUAAUGAUGGACUGUUCCUUUUCUCGUGGAACCUCACAGCAAGUCAGUGGAGUUGCAGUAGGGAUGAAUUACAUUCAUAUUUGAAGAGUCAUUGUUUUAUGAUUGCUGUUUUGGAAUUUCUUUGUCAAUUUUGUUUAAUUAUUUGAGUUGCACUAAUCAGGUGAACAAAAUAAAAGACUUGUCACAGCAUGCUGUGAAGCAUCAA